GAUACGAUGACGACAGCUUCCGUGGUGUGCACACCUGAUAUGACUACAGCUAAUCUAACACAGCAAGCUAGCAAUUUAGUUCUCCUUUUGGGCGAAACACAUUGUAGACGUACGGAUUUUACAACUAUAAUAAUAGCUAUAAUAGAGUAUGUUGGUUUGAUCAAUAGUCCACUUCUUAAAUUAUGCUUAAAUGUUCGCUGUUAACAAACCAGUAUGCUACUACUUACCCGUUUUGCUUGAGGAUGGACUCUAAACGAGAGAAAGACCAAGAUACAGACUUCACUAAGAUAACUGCUGUGCUGCUUAAGUCUCGGACGGGAGAAUUUGAUUUAGAGUCCAUCCUGUUUCUGAAGCUCAGAGGUCUUGGAAUAUGUGAUCUUGGAUGUAUUGGAGAAUGUACUAAUUUGGAGAGACUGGACCUUUCUGGCAAUAACAUCACAAAGCUGGUUCCUCUCUCAUCCCUUCGACUUCUUAUUGUACUCAAUGUCUCUGCCAACAGAAUUUCUAAUUUGGAAGCCAUCUCCAACUGUGACAGUUUACAGAGCCUAAAUGUGGCUGGAAAUCUAAUAUCUAGUAUUGAGAACCUCCACUGCCUUCAGUCUUUAAGAAAGCUGGAAAACAUACGACUGAAAGAUAACACUUACAAUUUCUCGAACCCAGUUUGCAAAAACACAUCAUAUAGAAGCACUCUCCUGGAGAUGUUCCCAAACAUCAAAGUACUGGAUGGUGAAAGAGUGGUUGGACGUGGGAGUGAUUUGUAUCAGUUAUGUAAAGACAUUGAUGAUACAAUCAAAGCUGGAUUAUUCAAGAAUGGACAACUACCAGAACUACCUGAGCAAUGGGUGGAGGAUGGCUUCUGGGAAAUAAAAAGAUCAAACAAUGCAAUUAUUGAAGAAGCCUACAAACAGUUUAAUGAUGUUCUCCACGAAUGCAGACUCCUGAACAACAGAGCUGCACAUAUCAUCUCGCAAACUGAGAGAUCUCUAAGCCUCAAGAACCAGCCAAAGCAGUAUGCUGUGUAAAAUUGGCUAUUUGGCCAAAUGAGAGGAUUUUAUGUUUGUCGUAGUUAAUUUUUAAAAUGUAUUCCAAGAUUUUGUCACUUUUCUGACAUGAAAAUGUCAUUGCUUAAUGUAACUUUUUUGUGUUUGUGUUUAUAUCCAAAUGCUUGAUCCAGCACCAGUACCAGCAUCCUCACAUGCUAAGUGUUCAAGCAUUAUGAGUCUAUUGGUGUGAAAAGGUGUUUUCAUGAACACCAAAACAGACUUUUUACAUUUGUGCUGCUGAUAGCUAUGCUGCUUUUAUAUGAUUGGGUUUUUGGUUUAGCAUUUUUACAUUCCUUUUCAGGUCUCUCAAGCUUUCCUUGUAACAACGCUUGAAUUUUCUAGGACUUUUUUGUCCCAUGUUUUAUGCUUGCACUAGAAGAGCUACUACUUUGCUUUGAUAUAUUCUAACCAGAAUUGUGGUUGCUCAAUGAUAGUCCAGUGGAUAUCAAUAAGCCUAAACUUAAAUUGAUUUGAAAAAGAAAGCUAUAAUAGCAUUUGAUACUUUGACCCAUUAAAGGUAACCUGCAAUUGA